ACGUCUAAUUUUACAAUUUCUUCAAUUAGAAACAUUAAUUCUUGAUAAUAUUGAUGCAAAAUAUCUUCACAAUAUUCUCAAACAUUCUAUUCUUUUACCAAAACUCUAUUCAUUAGUUCUUACACCUAUUGAUUAUGUGCAAGACCCAAUUGAUUUUAAACGUAGUUCAAUUGAAUAUCUCGUAAUAAACAGUCGUUUUCCAUUUGAUUCCUUAAAUGAUUUCUUUUUUUGUCUUCCAAAUCUUCGUUAUUUAUCAAUUAAUUGUCUUGUUGGAUCUCGCUAUAGUGAUAUUCAUUAUUAUCCUAUUGUAUUAAAAUAUUUAAAUCAUGUUUCAAUGAAACUUGAUUAUAUAAAUUUCAAUCUAUUAGAAAAAUUAAUCAAACGUUUUUUUCAUCAUGUCGAAAUUUUACGUCUUACAACACAAUUUUAUCAAACAUAUUUAAAUGCUAAACGAUGA